CUUAGCGAGAGUAGAAAAUGGAGAAGGAUCUGUUAGAUAUCUCUGGCGAAGACGAAUCCAAUUGGCUUCUGAGAGAUACGCCGGUUAAAGGCGUUGUUACGUCGAGUCGUUUUGAUUGCUCACCUCUCCAAAUCCCUAGAUCGACUCGCGCCGCCGUUCCUCCUCGUCCUCCUUUUUCUUCAAUUGGAAGAGUAACAGGCAACAUGGAGAAGGGAAGCACUUGUGUUGAUACGGGAAGUGUAGGCAAGGAGAAUACUAGUGGGAGCAAAGUUGAAUUGAGUGUGGAGAGACAACAGAUGAAAAAGAAGAAAAAGGGGUUUAACUUGCGGAAAAGUUUAGCAUGGGAUAGAGCUUUUUCAACUGAAGAAGGUGUUUUGGAUUCCAGUGAGCUAUCUAGAAUCACUGGAAAUGCUUGUGUAGUUGGUGGAGAUAUGUUAUCUGCCAUUCAGGAAGAGGCAAUGUCAGCUUCUAGAUGUGCUAAUGUUUCACCGGGACUACUAGCGCUUGAGGAAAAUUUGUUUAACGACUUGCCGGUGAAUAGUAAAAGGAGAGAGAAGAGGAUCAUGACUGGCACAGUACCUAAGUACGGAACACCAUCUAAACCGCCAUCUUCCAUGAAAAAAGUUUCAGCUCAGGAACUGAGGAGCGGUUCCAAACGCAGUGGCUGUCCCCGGCCUCCACCUUCAUCUUCCCUGAAAAGACCUGCAAAUGUUCAUACAACAACACCACGUAGCAGGGAGCCGAGCGUAUCUAAGGUUUCUACGACCAAAUCUGAUCCGGUUACAGUUGCAAGCAGCGUGAAAAGAAGUACUCAAAGUCCAAGCAAACCUAAACCAAGCCAUCCUACUCAAUCAAGUAUAUCCACAUACAAUAAUUCUCAGAGGAGCUUAGGAUCUGUAAGCUUCUCUAAAAGCAAUUCCAGCACCAAGAGUAAAACAAGUUCCAGCCUGGCGAGCAAAAGUUCAAUUCCUAAGCCCUCUCUAAAGCAAUCUAGAAGAAAUGUGAUCACCAAAAUAUCAGCGGUUCCUUCAGCUUCCAAGUCACAGUAUUCUGCUGCUGGGAAGUCCAAGGAUGGCCCUAUGCCUACAUCAGAUGUGGAUAUGCUUGGCCAUGCAUCGAAUAUCCCCGACUCUGAUGUAACUAAUGCGAGCACCACAUUAGCUCAAAAUGAUAGAGUUGGAAACACGGCAGUUUCCCCACUGGUGAAGACAUCAGGUUUAAGACUACCGUCACCAUCAAUUGGCUAUUUUGAUCAGUCCGGUUCUCAACCUUCACAUAGCGGAGAAGAGAAACAUAUUCAGCUUCCGAGUUAUGAUGUUUGUUCAGCUUCUCGUUUUUCUUUGAUCCCUUCGUUCAAGAAACCCCAAUUUUCUGAAAAAGUACCCAGAGUGAACUCCAAGUCAGCAACUCGAACCAUCGGCCUUUCAGGUUCAGCUGCAGGUUUCUCUUCUCAAGAAAUGGUGAAAUUAGGCUUGAAAAGCACUCGGGAAAUAGAAUCUAAAGUGUCGUCUUGUUCAAAGAUUUCUCAGAUAAAUGAAAGCCUGCAGCAUCCGUGUAUCGUUCCAGGUGAUAUUUGUACGUUUGAAAACCUUUCUACUGCGAAAUGUGAAGAUUUCCAGAGUAGCUGUGAGCUGCCGCUCAGUAGAAGGUCUGAUGAUGAUACGGAUGAGCAAAGGAAGACUUUUUGCUCAGUUGAAGGUCCACAUAUCAAAGGUUCCAUGGAUUCUCCGGUGCAGGGUCCUUCUGGCGAUGAGUUGACACAGUUGGAAGUCCGCAAUCAAGGGGAAGAAGAUAAAUGUAUUAUGAACAAUGUUAAUGAGGAUAUAGAUAUAUUGGAUGUACAUGGAAAACCACAAAAGGAAUGCGUGCACCCUGGAGAUGAAGAUGAGAAGAGUCAUUUCCUUUCUGGAGAAAAAGAUGUGCUACUUAUUAACCAUUCUACUGAAAGUGUAGCAAAGCAGUCUGAAGUUUUAGAUUCCCUCACUUCAGAUCCAGAUUUCCUUGGGGUUGCAUCAAGAAAAGGUGAUAUAUCUUCAGAAAAUCAGUCAGGUAUUUUUGUUCCUUCAGGGCCUACUGACGCACGAGAUUGUGUUCAAUCAUCAUGCAGCCAUUUUGAGGAAAAGGCAGUGUUGGACUCUAUUCCGUGUGGUCAUAACAUGGAGUGUGAUGGUCAGGCUGUAUCAGAAACGGAAAAGAGAAUUGAUGUAAGCGAUAGCACAGAGACAAACUGUGAGUCUGAUUUCGUUGGUCCAUUUCCCGAUUGCAAAGUUUGGUCUAGAGAAUCUGAAGAACAGCAGUUCUCGUGCCAAUUAGCCCUUGACGGGAAAGAAGGCAGUCAUGAGAUUGAUGUCUUGACCAGAAACGAAAGAGCAAAUACAGAUGAUGGCGCUGAUAUGCAGAUAGAAUACUCAACUGGUUCUUCUACAGUUGAACAAAACAUCGAACAAGUGAACUUACUAAUGACUUCCUCCGCUGAAGUUAAUAUGGAGGAUAAAUCUCAGGAAUCAUCUCAUGAACCCUGCUCUGAGAAACUAACUUCUGAAAAGCAUAUUCAGUAUAACUGUUCCAGUGCAGAUACAUCUGAUGUAAAGGAUGUUCAUGUAAUGAAGCAGACUGAUCAACUUGGAACAUCAGAUGGUUGCUGUCAAGCAAAAUAUGUAUCUGCCACAGUGGUCUCUUAUUCAAAUGAGGAACUUGAAGAUAACUCAGAGCUGGAAGAUAUGGAUCUGGUUACUGAGUCAGAUAGCUCCGAUGAGGAGCCUGAUGGUAAUUUGAAUCUGAAACAGGUGAAUCUGGUUACUGAGUCAGAGCUCAUUAGUAACCUCGUUGAGUUUCCUAUCAAAGGAAUUCCGAAUCAAGAAUAUCUGGAACUAGAAGCUACCCCUACUUCAAUAGACCAAAGUGGAGAGCCUGAAACACUACUAAGUGAAUCAGUUGGAUCCCCGGCUUCUGUAUUUGGGGAUCCUGAGAGUCUAAAUCAAGACACCAUUCUUUCCAGAAGCUCCGAAGGCAGGUCAAGCCAGGAUUCAAAUUCUGGAUGUAUUGUGUAUACCUAUGUUGGAAAAGCUGAAGUCCAGACAGAUACUGAAAAGGAUUUCAAUACUCGGGUUACUGGUCAAGAAUUGGACUCUCAUGAAGAAGGUGAAGUUCAAGAUAUAAAACUCUCUCGUCAUCCUUUAGAAUAUAUGGCCAGCGAGGAGGAAUCAGGAGCUCCGAUAUUCAUGAAUGAAGCAUUCUCAGCCAGAGAUGAUAUACAGCAUAACGAGUUCAUUGCCCUGAGCGAUGACACUUUGACAUCAGAAAGCAAUGGAGUCCAGGCUUCUGAAAAGGAUUCCAGUGCUCAGGUUACUGAUCAAGAACUCGGCUUUACUGGAGAGGUAGACGCUCAAGUUAUAAAGAUCUCUCCUGAUCCUGUAGUACAUGUGACCAGAGAGGAGGAACCAAGGACUCCUAUAAACAUGAACGAGGCUUUCUCAGUCAGAGAUGAUAUCCAGCCUGACGAUGACGAUUUGACAUCAGAAAGCAAUGGAGUCCAUGCCUCUGUAAGCAGUAGUGAUCGUACAUGUUCACCAGAAGGCAAGGAUAAGACCAUACUAAUGGAUGCUAAACUUGAGAAGAAACCUGAUCCUAUUAUUGUAAAGCCUCCAAAUGCUGUUCCAUUUUCCGACGAGUGGUUAGCUGCAAUUGAGGCUGCUGGGGAGGAAAUCUUAACUCUGAAAAGUGGACGUGUACAACAUUCACCAACCGACAAGACUGUUCCUGAACCAGGUCCAUGGUCUCCGGUGAAGAAGAAAAACAAUCAAGGAGUAGGACCAUUUGACUGUACAAAGUAUACAAACAAAGGUCUUCCUCCUGUUUUAGAUUGAAAGAAGCUUGGUUCCUUCUACGUUAACCAUUACUUUAUUUGUUCUUACCCAUUUCUAAUGACUACUAGGAAAUUAAAAACUUUGUUGAACACAGUCAACUUUUUAUUGCUUGCUUAAGAAAUCAAAUGUGUACAAAGAACUUGCUGUUUUAGCAUGAAUAACUUUUGUUCCAUAAGGGAUACGUUUUCG